CUUCACUGUUCCUGUAAAUAUGGCCUUAAGUUUAAACUCUCUUUCCUCUAGAGGAAAAGUGUUACAACUUAGCAAAUGUGUGUGGGAAAGAUAAUGGAGUUCUAAUCACUACAUUAAAUAGCACAUUAUUAGUGAGAAGGACAAGUGUUGAGAAUAAACUUAAGUGCCUGAAGAUGGUAACCAAAGUGAAUCAAGCAUGAGCUGUAAUCAUCUUUCGUUUAAAGAUUCCCAGUCCUGUGCUGGGUGCCGGACUUCAGGGAAAACCAUAAUGAAAACUGAGCAACUUGAAAAUAGACUAAGUAUUCAUGAUUUUAUGAAAAUACAGGACACUUUUAUGAAGUCUCCAGGAUCGAACGGGACAGCGGUCAUGACUAGAGAAAUGUUCACAGAGCAAAUGGCUGCAGCAGUCGGACACAGUACUAAGGAAGAAUUUGGUGAGCUGUUUGAUAAAGUAGAUUUGGCUCGAAAUGGUUUCAUUGACUGGGACAAAAUGACCUCAUUCAUGCUGCUAAGCUUUUAUGAGAAAGAUGAGCGAAUGAAUUCAACAGUCAUUCCACAGUGGAAGAAUCUCCGACUUCUUUCACCUGUCCACAAAGAUACUAUACAAAACAUUACUUAUUUGAAAGGCUCCAGCUGUUACCUGACUGCGAGUAGGAAUGGUUUGCUGGGAGUCUGGGGAGAGAACUUAAAGCUACAGAGAACUCUGCAGAUUACUACAGAAGAAGUCAAGUUGAAAGACCUGUGGGUGACAACAGUGGUUUCACUGGCAAAUGUAAGCAAGAUAGCUGUUGCCUUCACAAGCAAAGAGAUCUGCUUCUAUGAUCUGAAUUCUAAGCAAGGAUUCUCUUGUCAGUACAGACUAUACGGCCUGCAGGGAACUGUACUGUGUAUGGAGUAUUGGUACAAUCCUCAUGAUGGAAAUGAAGCCAUUUUAACAUUUGGUGAUGUCUCUGGACAGGUUCAGGCCAUUGCUUUCACCACUGCUUUGAUCUCUUUGUUUGAACGACCAGCUAGUUCCCCUGAAGGAGAGGAAGCAACAGUGACCAUCAGCUGGCAGGAGCUGGUCUCUGGGUAUCACAAAUGCUGCUAUACAUUAAAGCAUAAAAUUCAUUAUAAAGACUGGGUUAAGCAAGUUGCAUACAGCUCCUCUUUAGAUGCCUUUAUUUCCAGUACAACCAGUAAUAUUAAUACACUGGUGCUGGCUUGGAGAGAGAAAUUAAAGCCCCAUCUUACAACUACAUCCUUCAACAUUGCCCGGGGAGUUAAUGCUUUUGACUUCCACUCCCGACUCAGCUUAAUUGCUACUGCUGGAAUUAAUCACCAAGUUUGUCUUUGGAACCCUUAUGUCACAUCUGAACCUGCUGGAGUUCUACAAGGCCAUUCUGCCGCUAUAAUAGCUGUCCAGUUCAUUACUGAACGAAAGCAGCUUUUUAGCUUCUCAAAGGACAAGGUGUUAAGGAUCUGGGACAUUCAGCAUCAGCUGUGCAUCCAGAGAGUUGCUGGCUCCUUCCCAAAGAGUCUGGAAUUCCAGUCCACCCUUUAUUUUAAUGAAGCUCAUGGACGGCUCUUCAUCUCAUUUAAUAACCAACUGAUGGUGUUGGAAAUGAAGCAGGAAACCAAUAGAAGGGUCACAAGUCAUAGGAAAGCUGUUACUUGUGUGCUUUACAAUUCGGUCUUCAAGCAGGUAAUCAGCUCAGAUAUAGGAUCUACCGUUACCUUCUGGCUGAUCGAUACUGGGCAGAAAAUCAAACAGUUUACUGGUUGCCAUGGGGAUGCUGAGAUUAGCACUAUGGCAUUGGAUGCAAGUGAGACAAGGUUCUUAACAGGGAGCACAGAUGGGACAAUAAAGAUUUGGGAUUUCAAUGGACACUGUCACCACAAGCUCAGCAUUGGAAAAGACCGAGCUGUUGAUAUCUCCCAGAUCUUGGUACUAAAGGAGACAAUAUUAAUUACAGGCUGGGACAGGAUAAUUACUGUCUUCCGACUGAGUAACAUGACGCAGUUUCUUGUUCAGCCUGCAGAGUGGAAAGGAGGGGUACAGCAUCAGGAUGACAUCCUUUGCGCUGCAUUUUCACCACCACAUACUCUAGUUACAGGGAGCUUUGGUGGCGAAAUUGUCAUAUGGGAUAACAGCACGGAAAGUGUCUACCUUAAGCUUCACCUUGAUCUGCAGAAGUCUCUGAAAUCAAAAUCAGAUACUCAGUACCUACAACAGCAACUUAGUUCUCAAAGAACGUCCUCCAAAAGAUGUACAAUAUCUGCAGGUGACUUUUAUGACCCUGACGCCAAGUGCAACAAUGCUAUUACUAGGCUUUUCUUCCUAGAAGACAAAAAGAAUAUUUCAGUGACAGGUGGUGCCAACUUGGUGUCAUGUGGAGGUGCUGGCUAUGUUAGGUUUUGGAGUACUGUGAAGAGCAAGCUCAUAGCAGAGUUUGAAGCUCAUGGUGGAGUUGGAUCUAUAAUCAUGACCAUUGAUAAAACGAGUCAGUACCUCAUAACUGGGGACCUGAUUGGAUGUGUGAAAAUAUGGAAUAUACAGGACUACUGUCUUAGUCCCAGUGAGAGCAAGGUAACAGAGCCACCUCCCCUGGUCAGAUCAUUUCAGCCGCACAACGACCGUGUUACCUACCUGGAGACCUGCGAGCGAAAUGGUUGUCUGCUCAUCCUCACUUCCUCUGCAGACUGCAGCGUUGCUCUUAGUGAUCUCUCUGGUACAACAAUUGGAAUAUUUGGGCAGGAAGAGCACUGGCAAAUUGAAAAUACUCCUAUUCUCCUCAAAGAUGAGAGAAAACAGGAAGAAAGCAUGAGGCAAAUGGAAAAGGAGGAAGUUGAAACGGGAAAAACGGCCUCCGUUCCUGAGGAAGAGUCUCUUCCCAGUUCUGUGGAGCCAGCUGUACUUUUCUUGCAUGAUGAAGAGGAAUCAGUUUGCAUGACCAGCCCAUGGGAAAAUACAAUAUUGGGUAAAAAAUACAAAGAAAUCAAUAUACAGAAAGGAAAGAAACACAAGCUUUUUCAUGUGAAGAACAUGGGAAACUCAACUGGCACAUUUAGGUCAUUAAAUAUUGGAACACUUGAGGAGGUUGUUGAACUGAACAGGCCUGACUUUGUUCUAAACCCUAACAAAUACUUUGGUGAAAAGACAGAGGAGAGAUGCUCUGAAAGUGUGAUGCUUCCUACCCUGUCAGAAACAUUGAAAGCAGUAUUUGAUGAGAAGAGCCUGUUCCCCAAAGAAAUUCUGGAGCGUGAACAAAAAGCAAGGCAACUGAAUAAACAAAUAUGCAGUGGAGGCAAGAUAAAAACACAUAAAAAACAAACCAAGUUAAAAGAAAAAUAAUUCUUCCCUUCAUUUUAGUAGAAGAGCUAUGUUUUAUCAUCUUGGUGGGAUGGAAAUUAAUAUCGGUGGAGAACUGCAUGAAAUAAACCAAGCAUAGGACUGGAUAACAACUAAACCACAGACCUGAAUUUGAAGAAUGCAUUUUCAAAAUAUUUGCUAUAGUCAGAAGAACUCUGUUACCUUGUUUCUGAUUGUUUGUUACCUUUAUUUUGUACCAAAUGUUUGCAUAUUUUCUCCUGCAGAAACCCAGUCUAUACUGAAAAAUCACGAUGUGCUGUACAAAGGCUUACCUAGUGUUAUUACAAGUACCUUCUAUGACUACUGAAGCUAUUCCUUGACAUUACCCUUAUGCUGUUUACAGCCAAACUUUGUAAGUGCAUAUGGUACUUCACAAA